AUGUCCCAAGAGACUGAGACACUUGUAAAGGAGGAGGGUGUCUCUCCAAUGAAGAAGUCUUCCAUGGCUCCUUACUCCAUCCGCAAAUACCAGAACAGGGAUGACAAGUGGGUCCGAGAGCUGUUCUUCAAGUCAAUGGGGGGCAUUACUUUCCCCCUCAACCGUGGUCUGAAGUCGCCCCGAAUACUGAUGCUCCUGUCUGGGGGGCUCUUUAUCCUUUUCCUGGUCUCUGGUUCCUGGCACCUGACUCUCCUGGCUGGUCUCACUAUUCUCAUUACCUUUAGAUUCUUUAACAAGCACGUCUGGAAUUAUUUUAUCAACUUUACGUUGAACACGGACUUGUCUGACAUCAGCAAAUACUACUUCAGCGAGCAGGGGUCCUGCUUAUGGGUGGCUGAGUCUGAGGGGCAGGUGGUCGGCAUGGUGGGGGCUCUGCCUGUGAAUGAGCCCGCCUUGAGGAGGGAGCACUUACAGCUUCACCACCUGUGCGUGGAUGUGGGCUACCGAGGUCAGGGUAUAGGCAAGGCCCUGGUGAAGACUGUCCUCCAGUUUGGGCAGGAUGAGGACUACAGAGCAGUUGUCCUCAACACCACUAUAUUUCAGCCGGAGGCCCUGGCCCUCUACCAAGGCCUGGGUUUCCAGAAGACUGGAGGGUUCAUCUUUACCAUAAAUGGGAGAGUGGGCCUUAUCUCUGUUACUCAGUUUACUUACCACCUCCCCUUCAGGCAGGCCUCCAAGAGCCCGAGGCAGGAUGACUAA